GCUGCCGUCAGUCAGAAGGCUGCACCUUCCACCAUGGGCUCCUCUCGGGCACCCCGGACAGGGCGUGUGGGCGGGCACGGGGCCAUGGUCUUGCUGCUGGCUGGGCUCCUCCUGCCAGCGACCUCGGCUAAGAGCAUCGGGAUCCUGUCAGACCCCUGCAAGGACCCCACGAGGAUCACCUCACCCAGGGACCCCUGUGUCCUUGUUAAGGGCCCCAGCAGCGGCAGCGGCUCCGCCUCCGCCUCCGGUUCUGGCUCCAGCUUCUCUGGCGGCUCCCAGGGCGGCUCCCCAGGAACCGUGGUGUUUAAGCCAGGGACGGGGUAUUCCCAGAUCAGCUACUCUUCGGGACCCAGCUCCAGCUCCAGCUCCCAAAGCUCAUCCAGCUCCACCUAUUCGGGAGGCAGCAACCGGGGACGAGGGGACGGCUCCGCUCUGCCCACCGACGAUUCCUCCUACUCCUCUUCCUCCCGCUGGUUGGGCUCGUCCCAGUCCGGGGGCAGCUCUUACACCUCCCAAUCCUCCGGGCCGUCCAGCAGCAGCCGCAGCUCCAGCCUGCAGCCCUGCAGCUCUGACGUCCCCGACUCCCCCUGCAGCGGGGGCCCUGUGGUCUCCCACUCCAGCCCCUACAUCUCCAGCUCCCACUCCGUGUCGGGCGGCAAGAGGCCUGUGGUGGUGGUGGUGGAGCAGCAUGGCUCUGGUGGCCCUGGUGUGAUUCAAGGUGUCCCCUGCAGCAGUGGCGGCCCCCCAGGCAGGCCCUGUCCCCCCAUCACCUCUGUGCAGCAGCCCUACGGAGGCUACGAGGUGGUGGGCGGCUCCUCUAGCAGCUACCUUGUCCCCGGCAUGACCUACAGCAGGGGCAAGAUCUACCCCGUGGGCUACUUCACCAAAGAUAACCCUGUCAGGGGCGCUCCCGGGGCACCCCCUCUUGCAGCUGGGCCCCCCGUCUCUGAGGGCAAAUACUUCUCCAGCAACCCCAUCCUCCCCAGCCACACCUCCUCCGGCUCCUUCCAGUGGGGGGUGCCCCCGGCCAUUGUGUUCCAGCCCGUGGGCUCCGGUGGGGUCCAGCCCUGCGGGGUCAGCUCCACGGGCUCCAAAGGUCCCUGUGGCCCCUCAGGUUCCACGGUGCACCUCGCUCCCAGCAUUCCCGGUGCUUCUGGCUCACCGUCCUCCCAGCCCUGUGGUGGUUCUUCCCAGGGGCCCUGCUCCCCACCGGGGCCCGGCUCCUUCAGUGGCAGCACCAGCUCCCUGCCGGGUACCAGAGUCCUCCAGCCCUGCGGCAGCAAGUCCGUCUCCGCAGGCCAGCCCUGCAUCUCCGUUUCCUCCUUGACCUUGAGCGGGGGUCCCGACGGCUCUCCUCAGCCCCAUCCCUCUGCUGCUGCCAAGCCCUGUGGCCUCAACAGCCCUGGAAGGGUUCCCUGCCGCUCCAUCCGGGACAUCCUGGCCCAGAUACAGCCUCUGGGACCCCAGCUCGCUGACCCGGCCGUCUUUCUACCCCAAGGAGCGGGCCCUGCAAGCUCCUGAGCCAGGUGUUCACUGUGCAUCUCGGGCACACAGCUGGGAGGCGUCCGGGCCUGGGCCGCCUCACCCUGCUCCUCCCGGAGUGCUCGCGCCCUCCCUUAGCCCAGAGCCACAGGUGCCCCUCACCUGUCUCCCUCGGCCCCAUGGCAGGCAGCCUCCCGGUCCGUCUCCUCUCCCUCUCCUGCUGCUCAGCCCAACACCCCCAACCCUGCUGCUGUGUGCUCGGUGCCAGGCCUCCCCCGGCCUCCCUGCGGUUUCUCUGGCUGACUGAGGUGACCACUGGCUGAGCCACCCAUGCAAGUCCUUGGCCGGAAACCCAGGGUCGCUCCUGGACCUCAACGCCCAGAUCCAUCCACAUCCUCCCCGACUCUUCCCCUUUGCCAAAUAAAGCAAAGUCCAAGCCAUGCCCCAAAA